UUGGCACCAAUGGACUGUCAAGUCAAGCGCGAUUUUUUGUAAUUUGAAAAGAAAAAUCUUCGUUAUAAGCGUGUGACACUCCCGUAAGUUUAUGUUGGAAAAAUAGUUAAAAAUUGCAUAAAUACUUUUCAAAACACACAAAUCCAAACGACAAACAAUCCCUGGUGCAAUGGACGACUUCCAAAAGAUUGAAAAAAUUGGCGAGGGAACCUACGGCGUCGUCUAUAAGGGUCGAAACAAAGUGACUGGACAAAUUGUAGCCAUGAAGAAGAUACGCCUCGAAUCUGAGGACGAGGGUAUUCCAUCGACGGCAAUUAGAGAAAUUUCACUGCUAAAAGAACUAAAACACCCGAACAUAGUUUGUCUAGAAGAUGUUCUGAUGGAGGAGAAUCGUUUGUAUUUGAUUUUCGAAUUUCUUUCUAUGGAUCUUAAGAAAUACAUGGACUCACUACCCAUGGACAAAAUGAUGGAUCCCGAAUUGGUGCGAUCAUAUUUGUAUCAGAUAACAAAUGCGAUACUUUUCUGUCAUCGCAGAAGAGUGUUGCAUCGUGAUUUGAAGCCACAGAACUUGCUGAUCAACAACAAUGGCGUCAUAAAGGUCGCUGACUUUGGCCUGGGGCGAUCAUUUGGAAUUCCCGUACGGAUUUACACUCACGAAAUCGUCACGCUUUGGUACAGAGCUCCAGAAGUCCUCUUAGGCUCACCUAGAUACUCCUGUCCCGUCGACAUUUGGUCCAUUGGCUGCAUAUUCGCAGAAAUGUCUACAAGAAAGCCCCUCUUCCAGGGCGAUUCAGAGAUUGAUCAGCUAUUUAGGAUGUUCCGUAUACUCCGGACACCGACUGAAGACAUUUGGCCUGGAGUCACAUCCCUGCCAGACUACAAGACUACAUUCCCAUAUUGGUCAACCAAUCAGUUGGCCAACCAAGUCAGGAAACUCAAUGCAGUUGGCCUGGAUUUGAUCAAAAAGAUGCUGGUCUACGAUCCGGUGCAUCGUAUCUCCGCCAAGGGAGUCCUUGAACAUCCGUAUUUUGAUGGCUUCGACAAAAAACUGGUACCCACAGAAUAAUUAAACAAACAAACAAUAUUUAAUUAUUAUUAAAAUUAAAAAAAUGUCAGUAUAUCGUCUCGGUCUCGUAUCUAUGUUGUAGCACAUGUUUUAAUCGAUUUUAGCUUUAAAAAAGAAACAAAAUACUAACCAACUACUUACUUUUAAAUACAAACUGUACAAAAUAAUUUUAAAUGAAUUUUUGUAUUUUUGACACUACUUAUCCGUUAUCGUCAUCCUCACCGUCAUAUUCAUGACCGCCAAAAGAUAUCAAGGUAACAAGAAGGCUGAUUAAAUAGAGAGCACAAGGCUUCGUUUUUUAAAAAAUAUUAAAACUGUAAGAAUUUGUAUGUUUUAUAAAUAAAAACAAAAUUUAUGA